CCCGCCCCGUGGGCGCUCGGCGAUGGCGGCCCUGGUGCCGGUGCCGGCCCCGCUCCCGCUGGAGCCGCCGCGGUGCCUGAGAUGCUCGUGCGGGGCAGCAAAUUCAUCCGCUGGGACGAGGAGCCCCCCAGCCGCACCCCGGUGACGCUGCGCGUGGACCCCGACGGAUUCUUCCUCUACUGGACCGGGCCCAGCACGGAGGUGGAGCUCUUGGACAUCACGACCAUCCGGGACACCCGCACGGGACGCUUCGCCCGCGCCCCCAAGGACCCCCAGAGCCGUGAAGCCCUGGGUUUUGGGGUCCCUGGGGGUCCCCCUCCCCAGCGCCUCCUGACCGUGGUGCACGGACCCGACAUGGUCAACCUCACCUUCCUCAACUUCGUGGCCGUCCAGGACGACGUGGCCAAGGUGUGGACGGACGAGCUGUUCCAGCUGGCCAUGAACAUCCUGGCCAGGAACGGCUCCAGGAACACCUACCUGAGGAAGGCGUACUACGAAGCUGACCCUGCAGGUGAACCAGGAGGAAAGAUCCCGGUUAAGAACAUCCUCAAGAUGUUCUCGGCCGACAAGAAGAGGGUGGAGACGGCGCUGAGUCGGCGGGCUCAGCUGCACCAGGGGAAGCCCUACCUGAGCCGGGAGCAGCUCCGGGACUUCGUCAACACUCGGCAGAGGGACCCGCGGCUCAACGAGGUUCUGUUCCCACCCCUGAGCCCCGAGCAGGCCCAGACCCUGAUCGAGCGCUACGAGCCCAACCCCUCCUUCAGGGACAGGG